AUGGCACCGCCAAAGCGAAACGAGUUCCUCGAUGCGUCGGAUAGUGAGGACGACCAGGCCGACGGAUACAACUCCGACAACGAGAUUGCCAAGGGCGGCCGCACCGCGAAGCGACGGAGAGUGGACAGUGACCAGGACGAGGACGACGCAGCCAGCGACGCGGGCCGUGACGCCACCGAUUCCGACGGAGAAGUCGGAGGCGCCGACGGCAGUCAGGAUGGCGGGAGCGAGGAGACGAAAGUGGAUGCGGCCGCGUCCAAAGCAGACAAGUCGAAGACGAAGCCGCCGAAGCUCGAGGCCGAGCUGCCGAGCAUGAACAAGCCUGCCGGAAAGAAGAACCUGGUGGCGACUGACAAGGCGAUAAAAAAAUCCGGCGUCGUCUUCCUCUCCCGCGUCCCCCCUUUCAUGAAGCCCAACAAGGUGCGGUCUCUUCUCCAGCCGUACGGGACCAUCAACCGCAUAUUCCUCGCACCCCAAGACCCAACCGCGCAUGCACGCCGCGUCCGCGCCGGCGGCAACAAGAAGAAGCUCUACACCGAGGGAUGGGUCGAGUUUGUGAGAAAAAAGGACGCCAAGGCCGUCUGCGAGCUGCUCAACGCCCGCGUCAUCGGCGGCAAGAAGGGCAGCUACUACCACGACGACCUCUGGAAUUUGCUCUACCUCAAGGGCUUCAAGUGGCACCACCUGACGGACCAGAUCGCGUCGGAGAAUGCCGAGAGGACGAGUCGGAUGAGGGCCGAGAUAAGCAAGGCGACGAGGGAGAACAAGGACUUUGUGCGAAACGUGGAGCGCGCCAAGAUGCUCGACGGCAUGCAGGCCAAAUCGAAGAAGAGAAAGGCUGCCGAUGGGGAGGAGAAGCCGAACGAGGAGAGGCCGCGGACAUUUCAGCAGGUGCCGCAGGUCCAGAAGGCGUCCGGCCUGGAGGACCAGUCGGACCGCGUCACGAGGGCUCUCAGCAAGAUUUUCUAG